CACGAACGAGUCGCGAAAACGCGUCUUCAUUUCUGACCCCCUGACGCGUUCCCAGCCUCCACUUUCCGCCGUCAUGGCGCGUGCAAUGUCCCAAGCCACCCUUGUUAGUGUCGCAAAACUCUCUGAAGCCAAUUCAGACUUGCGAUCCUCUCUCACCACGUCCCUCGAUUCCCAACACCAAGCUCUCCUUUCUUGUCUAUCAUCUCCGGCGGCCAACGGCACGAAGUAAACAAUCAUGGCCCUUUUGGAGUAUAAGAAGCCUGUCGACUAUUCGGCGCAACAGAGUGCCUUCGAGAGCUUUUUAGAAGAAUUCAAGACCUCGCCCGAGCAGGCCAUUACCCAUGGCCUCGGCAAUAUUAAUAUCGACGCCGAUGACCUGAGCGAUGAGUAUGACUUUAUGGACGACGAAGAGGGGGAAGAGCGUCGCGUCCAAGAAAGGGCUCGGAGUCGAUUGCCGCAGUACAAGUACAAGGACAUGCUCCAGAAACUAGCAGACAGAGACAUCGAUGAGGUUGUCGUUGACCUAGACGACUUGGCAACAUACGAGGAGCAAGUCAACGAAGGCCUCAAACUUGUGAAGUCGGUCGAAACAAAUACGAAGCAUUACGUUGAGCUCCUCUCUAGGGCUGUCGACAAGUUGAUGCCCCAGCCGAGCGAGGAUAUCACAUUCAAGGACGAUGUUCUUGACGUCUUGAUGGCACGGAGACAGCAACGGAAUCGCGAGCUGGAAGAGGCGGCCGAGAGGACCGUGGACCCGACGAUCGUGGAAGAUCAAUUCCCAGCUCAACUUACGCGACGAUACACACUUGUGUUCAAGCCGAGAGAAAUCACUCUCACAAGCCCGGCUAAGACAUUGUCAGUUCGUCAAGUUCGCGGCGACCACCUCGGCCACCUGAUCACUGUGCGCGGCAUCGCCACUCGGGUCUCGGAUGUCAAGCCUAUUGUCCAAGUCAGCGCUUAUACCUGUGACCGCUGUGGCUGCGAGAUCUUCCAGCCUGUUACGGACAAGCAGUUUGGCCCUUUGACCAUCUGCCCAUCCCGGGACUGCAAGGCCAACCAGGCCAAGGGACAGCUGCAUCCUUCAUCAAGAGCCUCCAAAUUCCUGCCCUUCCAGGAGGUCAAGGUCCAGGAGCUCGCUGAGCAGGUCCCUAUUGGACAAAUCCCGAGAACCUUGACUAUUCUUUGCUAUGGUAGCCUCGUCCGGAAGAUCAGCCCUGGUGACGUUGUCGACGUUGCCGGUAUCUUCCUCCCAACUCCAUACACUGGUUUCAAGGCGAUGCGUGCAGGUCUCUUGACCGACACUUAUGUUGAGGCUCACCACAUUCGUCAACACAAGAAGGCGUACGACGAGAUGGAAAUCGACCCCAAGCUGGUGCGAAGGAUCGACGAGUUCAGACAGUCGGGACACGUCUACGAGUAUCUGGCCAAGUCUAUUGCACCAGAAAUCUUUGGCCAUCUAGACGUCAAGAAGGCCCUCUUGCUUCUCUUGGUCGGAGGUGUUACCAAAGAAAUGGGUGACGGUAUGAGAAUCCGUGGCGACAUCAACGUCUGCUUGAUGGGUGAUCCGGGUGUGGCCAAGUCUCAGCUGCUCAAGUACAUUUCCAAGGUGGCGCCCCGUGGCGUCUACACCUCUGGCCGUGGCAGCAGCGGUGUCGGUCUGACGGCCGCUGUGAUGCGAGACCCAGUGACCGACGAGAUGGUCCUGGAAGGUGGUGCUCUCGUCCUCGCCGACAACGGCAUCUGCUGCAUCGACGAGUUCGACAAGAUGGACGACAACGACCGGACGGCGAUCCAUGAAGUCAUGGAGCAGCAGACGAUCAGCAUCUCAAAGGCCGGCAUCUCGACCACCCUCAACGCGCGCACCUCCAUCCUCGCGGCGGCCAACCCCAUCUACGGCCGCUACAACCCGCGCAUCUCGCCCGUCGAGAACAUCAACCUGCCGGCCGCCCUGCUCUCCCGUUUCGACAUCCUCUUCCUCAUCCUCGACACGCCGUCCCGCGACACCGACGCCCAGCUCGCCAAGCACGUCGCCUUCGUGCACAUGAACAGCCGGCACCCGGACCUCGGCACCGCCGAUGGCGUCGUGUUCACGCCGCACGAGGUGCGCGCCUACGUCGCGCAGGCGCGCACGUUCCGGCCCGUGGUCCCCGCGUCCGUGUCCGAGUACCUGGUCAAGACGUACGUGCGGCUGCGGGAGCAGCAGCGGCGCGCCGAGAAGCGGGGCAAGCAGUUCGCGCACACGACGCCGCGGACGCUGCUCGGCGUCGUGCGCCUCGCGCAGGCGCUGGCCCGCCUGCGCUUCAGCAACGAGGUGGUGCAGGACGACGUCGACGAGGCCCUGCGCCUCGUCGAGGCCAGCAAGGACAGCCUGGCCACCGACCCGGGCGGCGCCGGCGCCGGCAGGAGGGCCCUCAACGCCAGCAGCAGGAUCUACAACCUCGUCAAGGGCCUGGCCGACUCAGGCGCCUGCCGGCCCGACGACGCGGGCGGCGAGGACGACGAGGACGGCGAGUUCGGCAUCGAGCUCAGCAUGAGGAAGGUCAAGGAGCGGGUCAUCGCCAAGGGGUUCACCGAGGACCAGUGGCUGAAUGCGCUGGAGGAGUACACCACACUCGACGUCUGGCAAACUGCAGGCAACAGCAGCCGACUGGUGUUCGUCACCUCCAACAACGGGGAUAUGGGAGACGAUGUCGACUUCUAGAGCCGAUACAUGGGGUUACGCGCCUGAUUGAUGUCUUUUGUGCUUUGUGUGUUCAUGUAGGGGUUUCGUGGGGAGCUGGGACUGGCGUUUUAGUGGAAUCUUUCUCGGGAUAACCAGAGGAAGCUGUAGACGAUCGAAUUGACUCAUGUUAGGAAAUGGAAGAAUUAAUAUGCAGACAACUUUAUGCAAAGCUCUCGCAGAAUCACGUUCUAACCUGCUAAGUCCCGAAAAUAGCACCCUUUCUAAAGGGGUAUGUAUCUUAGCAAUGAUUUUAUGGUACA